AUGAGGGUUAAUCGACGACGGUUAAGAGAUGAAUCUAACCCCCUAAGUACGCCAGAUUCAAUAUUUAGUGCGAACUAUCGUUUGAGUAAGAGUGCUUUUUUAGAAGUAUUGAACGAGAUAACUCCAUUUGUCAAGGAAACAUCUAUAGCGUUACUUAUCAAGCUAGCAGCAUGCCUUCGAUUCCUCGCAGAAGGCUCAUUCCAACGUUCUGUCGGCAAGGAUACUGACAUUGCUUUGGGUAGAAACACAGUAUCUAAAAUAUUGUCAGAAAUUAUCAAUGCUUUGGAAACUGUGCUGUGUCCUAAGUGGAUUAAGUUGGACAGAUCGGCGGAGGAUUUGAGGAAAUGCAAACUACAUUUUGUGGAAAAAUUUGGAAUCCCAGGUGUAAUUGGCUGUAUUGAUGGAACUCACGUAGCUUUAGUAAAACCUUUGGAGAAUGAGCAUCUUUUUUAUAACAGAAAAGGUUACUUUAGCAUAAAUGCAAUAAUUAUUUGUGAUUCCGAUAUGGUUAUACAAGCAGAAGAUGCAAGCCGACCUGGAUCAAGCCAUGAUGCUUUUGUUUUUAAUAUGAGUAAUGCAAAGCAACAUUAUUUUUCAAAAUAUGAAGCUGGUGACCGCGGAUCCUGGUUACUUGGUGAUUCCGGAUUCGGAAUAGAAGCCUUUUUAUUGACACCGUAUAGAGAUCCUAAUCCGCGAUCACCACAACAUAGGCAUUAUCAAAUAGAAGACUUUUUAGAAACAGAAAGCACAACCCAACCUGAAGAAAUUUUUGAAGAAAAUACUGAACUCGAAGAAAAUACAAAUUUGAAUAAUGUUGGCCGAAAUUUAAGAGACUCAAUUGCCAAUAAUUUAAUAUUAUAG